AUGCCUCCUGAGGAGGCCGUGUCUUGGCUCGAGUCGGACCCGAGCCGAGCCCGCCGAGUCCUCGGGGGUCGCAGGGGCCGAGCGUCGGGGGAGUGGCCAACAAUGGUGGAUCCGGUGGCACCAGGAGGGGGAGAUAGGGGGGCUCUCCGCUUCGUCGGCAGGAGGCACCGCGUCUCGUCCUCAGGUGCGUCGAACGAGACCCCCGACUUCGCCCCCUGCUGCGACGGCGGGGCGCAUGGCGGCUCGGGGAGCUGCUUCGGAAGACUGGGAGAGUUUGGAAGUUGUCCAGUGGACCCAUCGGUGGCCGAGCGUGUGUUCGUGGACGAUCAAAGCCGAACGACCGGAGACUACUACCUGUAUAUUCCAUUUCGGGUGUUCCGGUUUCCGGAUGGUGCUAGAGUGCAUUUCCGGUGUAAUGUCAUUCUUUGCCAGCAGGACUGCCCAUGGGCCAACUGCGGAGAAUAUAUGGGGAGGUCUUACGGCCGGAAGCGACGAUCAGCUUCACCUCCACCAAGUGACGGCCGAAUGCUUACCGUCACAAAUGAGGUGACCGUGGUGGACGAUGACCAUAGAUUUCCUAGGGCGGCCGGCACAGGUACUGUAGAAGAAGAAAUCAUAGGCUCGGUCGCGACACCUGACCCCCAUGGAACAUCCCGCAACAACUUCCUCUUCCCCCGAGAAUACCUCAUAGGGGGCGUGGCUUUAGUGCUGUCCUUAUUCGUUUCCAUCUGCGUCAAUGUCUACCUGUUGCUAUACAUCCGCCGUCGAAUCAUCUCCAUGGACAGGAGCGACACGGAGAGUGUCAGGGCCCCUCCCUCCCCCAAAUUAGAGCCGCCACAGUACUUCUCAGUCUACGAUCGCUACAGCCCGAGAACGGAAUGGAAAUAUGAAUCGCGGGAGAUCUUGUACCCUCCCAUGCCCAUACGUCAUGCACGAACCAGUCGUAGAUCUCACAGCUUUAGAUACUGA